GAGCGCAAGCGGGUGUUGUAGGUAGACUUCGAGAGGGCGGAGACAACGCCUUGGAGAACGCCCUCUGUCACCCCGGGUCGUCGUGCAUUGUGGGACUGUUUCCGGGGGAGAUUUCGCCAACGCUAUUCUGGCUGACAUCAUGGAAAAAGAUGGCCUCAUCAUCAGGGAACGACGACGACUUGACCAUUCCGAGGGCAGCCAUCAACAAAAUGAUAAAGGAAACUCUCCCUAACGUACGGGUAGCAAACGAUGCCAGGGAGCUUGUAGUGAAUUGUUGCACAGAAUUUAUUCAUCUGAUUUCCUCGGAGGCUAAUGAAAUAUGCAACAAGUCCGAGAAGAAGACCAUAUCUCCCGAACAUGUCAUCAACGCACUUGAAAGCCUGGGCUUUGGGUCCUACAUCGCGGAAGUCAAAGAUGUUCUGCAGGAGUGUAAAUCGGUAGCGCUUAAAAGGAGAAAAGCAAGCUCCCGCCUGGAGAACCUCGGCAUUCCCGAAGAAGAGUUACUACGUCAGCAACAAGAACUGUUCGCGAAAGCACGGCAGCAGCAGGCAGAGCUGGCCCAGCAGGAGUGGCUGCAGAUGCAGCAGGCGGCCCAGCAGGCCCAGCUGGAGGCAGCGUCAGCCAGCGCGGCCCAGCAGGCCGGCUCCUCCCAGGACGAGGAUGAGGAGGACGACAUGUGAGGGAGAGGCAGAAUGAAAGGAAGAGAAAAAGAGAGAAAAGAGAUGCACACUCGUCUGUCCUCUGGUCUGCCUGGGCGAGCAGAGGCAUCUGCAGUGUUUGUGGACAACUCCUCCCCCUCCCCCCUCUCCUCCCUUCCCCUCUCCUCUCCUCUCCCUCUUCCCCCUCCGACAAGCCCCAGAGACAUUCGCAAUCCAGAAUGAGCAGUAUACACUUACAUAGAUGUUUCCUUUUUUAAGACGAAAAAAAAUGUUAAAUUGUUUGGGGCUUACACGUGGCCCUUUUAGAUAAUUGUUCGUGUUACUUGUUAACCCUGACAAACCAGACAGUCAAAGCUCUCUUUCCACAGCCAUUCUUUUUUUCAUGUUUUGUUUAAUUAUUUACUUUUAACAAUUGGCCCAUGCUAUCUCGUUUGGAUUUGUCAGAUGUUUAAACAUGGAAUUCUCACGCAUUAUAUGGGAUGCAAAGAGAAACGAUUUAUGGAAAUAUUUGUUCCUGAACUGUUCCUUGCUGAGUAUGUACAAGAUGAGUGUUUAAACUCUUGUACUGCCUCUUUUAGGUUGAUUGUAUAAUUGUUCCUCAAAUGUUAUUUUUGUAAUGUUCAGCGAGAAAUAUUUUCUAAGGGUGUCUUACUGACUCCUUGAAUAGGCAUUUGGGGGAUUGGGGAUAGUUUUGUUUGUUUUUGUUCUCUCCUUUUUAUAGGAACAGCUCCUCAUCCUUGUCUUGCUCAGUGGAUAAUACAGAUAUUAUUUCCAAAACACAUUUGGAGUUUUAUUUGUUAACAUAAGCUGUUCAUUGCUUUUUUUUGGGAUAAUUUUAGUUAAUUGAAGGUGUAAGUAGGUUGAGGCUUUUAUCUUCCUAAUGUUCAGUACAGUGUUGCUAUUAAAAGAUAUUCUCUUUCUCACCCCUAGUACCAAAGACAGGAGAGAGGCUUAACCCCCCUCAGUUACCAGACAGAGUAAAGCAAAAUACCGAUAGUGUUUGACUUCUGUAUAGAAUUCAAUGGCUUUGUUGCGGACAGUACCCAAGUUUGUGCACAUAGAGACACACACACACACACACACAAAAUGGUUAGUGACUUUCACUUUGUACAAUGUUUUGAUAUCUGAGCAGUUGUUUUUUUCCCCAGGUGCGAUGUGUAAAAGUUGCGUUGUGAAUGUGUGGUGAAUUCUUAACUUGUGAUGAUUGGUUAUCUCUAGUUGAAGUGUGUUCACAUGGCUUCUCAGAAGCCGUAAGCUGUAUUCUCUAAGCAAUAAAGUAAAACUGUUUUAUAGUCACAA